AUGAAUUAUAUUUAUGGAAAAAGUACAAUAAACCAAAUCCAAAUAACCCCUAUUUUUAACUUCGUCUGCGUGCUUUUACUUGUCGGAAUGGUCUACGGACUCCCUCAAGACUAUAGCUACAACCAAGGUCGAUCUGUGCCAGGUACUGAAUUUAGUGGUUUAUCUAGCCAGGGUUUCGACCACAACAGAGCCCCCAGGUACGAUAAAGAACAUGGAUCCGGAAACCAGGCAUUCGGGCCUGGUAACCAAGGUUAUGGACACGGUAACCAAGGUUUUGGACAGGGUAACCAAGGUUUUGGACAGGGCAACCAGGGUUACGGACCAGGUAACCAGGGUUUCGGCUCUGGUGGUCAAGGCCCUUCUCACCGUAAAGGUUAUCAAGAAAUGGGAUAUUAA